AUGGCCGACGGUCUGAGGUUAUGUUACUGUGUGUGUGUGUGCGUGUGUGUGUGUGUGUGUGUGUCGGUUAGAGGAUUCAAGUCGAGGCGGGUCACGUCGCAAGGGAUCGAACGCCCUAUAUGGUCACCCGCUGGACGCUGGCUGCCCCUACCUUCCUCUCUUUCUUCCUCCUGUCUCUCUCCUCCUCCCUCAUGUUCUCUCCUCAACCCUUUCUCUCCCUCACCUCUCUCUUUCUCUAUCCCUUCACCUCUUUUUCUCCUAUAUUACUCUUUGUUUUUCGUUCUUUCUCCUUCCCCCAUUUCUUACUCCUUCUCUAUCUCUCGCUCUCUCUCCUUCCCGUUUACGUAUUACCCAGUGACUUCCUUCCCUUCCUUCAUCCUGUUCCUCUCUACCUCUCCGUCCCCUUCUCCCCUAUCACUCUAUGCCUUUCGUUCUUCUUUCAUUCCUUUCUUCCUCCUGUUUCUCUACCUUUCCAUCCUUCCUUCUCCGUCACCUCCCCAUUUACCUUUCCCUCCUUUCUUCCUCACCUUUCCGUCCUCCGUUUCUCCGUAUCACUCUGUCUUCGCUCUGUCAAUCCUCCCUGUCUUCCCUUCUCUCCCUCUCUCACUCCUCUAUCCCUCUUUUUCUCCCGUUCUUUCGUAUUUCUUUCUUCUCUUCUUCCCCGUCAGCGUUUUUCUGCUCCUAUUCCUCCUCCGUCGGGGUUGGGUUUAUACACAUCGCGGGUUUCGUUGUGGGUUUAGUCCUCGCAACGGCCAGACCAUUUGUAAACACUGCCGUCCCAAGGUCACGGCGGGACAACGGCCUGAGCUAGCUGGAGGCGCUGCUGGUGGUGGUGGAGGUGGAGCAAGUGGGGGGUGGAAGAGGGGUGAAGAUGGGGUUUGUGGUGGUGGUGGUGGUGGUGGUGAUGGUGGUUCUCUUUUCCUUUCUUUCUUUUUCCCUUUCUUUUCUUUUCCUCCGUUCUUUCUUUCCUUCUUUCUUUUUUUCUCCUUUCUUUUCUCUCUUUCUUUCCUUCUUUCGAUCUUUCAUUCUUUCUUUCUCUCAUUAUUUUUGCUUUCUGUAGCUUUAUUUUGCUUUUUUUAUGAUUUUUGUCGUGUGUGUGUGUGUGUGUGUGUGUGUGUGUGUGUGUACCAGCUCCAUUCCUGCAGUCCGCUUCUUAUUCUUUUCCUUUCUUUCUUUUUCGUAACCAAAUGAGCGUCGGGACAGACUUCAAAGCCACAAGUGGAGUCGUUGCUCAUUAAAACUUAUAUUACGACGCUAAACACGAAGACCACAGCGAUUAAGUGACAAGGGACGCGCAUUCUGACCAGCGUUGCCAAAUUGUCGUACUCUGAAUAUUGCAUUUAUAAUUUUUAGGCUUCU